AUGUCUUUAUCAGCAUAUGCAGACGGAUCGACAGUUGCCGAGGAGGCCAUCAGUUCAAUCAGGCACGUUACUGCAUUUGGGAUCCAAGACAAGCUGGCCGAUAGAUAUCAGAAAUUUCUUACCAAGGCAGAGAGCUCUGGUCUCAGGAGUCGCAUUGCUCUUGCAGCCAUGAUGGCCAUUAUGAACUGUGUUAUAUUCUGGACCUACGGACUGACAUUCUGGCAAGGCUCACGUUACCUUGUUAUAGGGGAUAUCGACUUAGGAGCUAUUAUAACCAUUCUCCUUGCUACACUGACUGGAGCGUUCACGUUUGGUAACAUAGCACCCAAUUUCCAAGCGUUUGCAACUGGCAUGGCAGGAACAGAAAAAAUUCUUGCCACAGUGUCCAGGAAGUCGCCGCUAGAUCCAUCUUUCUCUGCGGGAGACAAGCUACAAGCUGUGUCUGGAGCAAUCGAAUUCAAGAACAUUCGCCAUGUUUACCCUUCUAGACCAGACGUAUUGACUUUAAAUGGGAUAAAUCUUCUAUUCCCAGGAGGAAAGACAACGGCAAUCGUUGGUGCUUCUGGAUGUGGGAAAAGUACGAUAGCAGGUUUGAUUGAAAGGUUUUACGAGCCAAUAAGUGGUGAAAUAUUACUCGAUGGUCACGAUAUCACGUCUCUAAAUUUGCAAUGGCUACGUCAACAAGUGGCGAUAGUCACUCAGCAGCCCACACUCUUCUCCACAACUAUAUUUGAAAACAUCAGAUUUGGUCUGAUGGACGGAUUCCACACGACUGUUGGAGGAAGGGGCUCAUUACUAUCGGGUGGACAAAAGCAGCGAGUUGCCAUUGCACGGGCUAUCAUUAGCAAUCCGAAGGUCUUGCUGCUCGAUGAGGCUACUUCAGCUCUAGAUGCCCAGGCCGAGCGGCUGGUACAGGCUGCCCUUGAUGUUGCAGCUGAAGGGCGGACAACGAUUGCAAUUAGUCACCGACUCUCUACAAUCACAGCGGCAGCGAACAUUAUUGUCAUGUCUCACGGACGUGUUGUUGAGCAAGGAACUCACAACGAGCUACUUGAGAAACGAUCGACAUAUUACCACUUGGUGGAGAAGCAACGCCUGUCGACCGAAAGAAGUAUCGUUAUCAGUGAAGCAAAGUCUGAUCUCGAUAGAGGUGCCGAGCUGCCUGAUGUUAAAGAUGAUUGUAAAGAGUCCGAUGUGUAUCCGCACGAGAUUAGGCCAUACCGUGGAGAUGGCGAGAGAGCUUCCGAGGGGGAAGCUGGUUACUUCAAAUAUUCCUUAUGGGAGUUGAUCAAGUUUGUCGCCAACUUCAACAGCGAAGAAACUCUUAUCAUGGUUUCAGGUCUAUUUUGGUCAAUCGUCACAGGCGCCGGAAAUCCCACGCAGGCCGUAUUCUACGGCAAGACAAUCUCGGCAAUGUCGUUGCCCCAUUCUAUGUAUGGAGACUUACGCCAUGAGGUAAACUUUUGGAGUCUGAUGUAUCUGAUGCUAGGAGGUACUGCAUUCUUAGGCUGGGGAGCAUCGGGACUCUGUUUCGCCUACUGCUCUGAGCGCCUGAUCCAUCGUGCCAGAGAUCGUUCUUUCCGAGCAAUGCUCCAUCAGGAUAUCUCCAUGUUUGACAAAUCUGAGUUUUCAGCCGGAGCUCUUACAAGUUCACUAUCAACCGAUGCCACCAACCUUGCUGGGAUGAGCGGUGUGACAUUAGGCUCAAUCCUUAUUGUCUCAACCACUCUGGUUGCCGGUGUAGCCCUAUCGAUUGCGGUAGGAUGGAAGCUGGGACUAGUUUGUGCAGCAACUAUUCCAAUUGUUCUUACUUGUGGUCUCGUCCGACUCAAAAUCCUCGGGGAACUAGCUCGAAAGUCGGAGGCGGCAUAUAAAGCUUCGGCAACUUAUGCGUGUGAAGCAAGUUCUGCCAUUACAACAGUUGCGUCACUCGGUCUCGAAAGUUAUGUCAAGGAACACUAUCAUAACAUAUUGGAAGCCCAACGACAAAAAUCGGUUAUUUCCAUACUAAAGUCAUCAACGCUGUAUGCAGCCUCCCAUUCGGCCAACUUUUUAUGCAUAUCCUUGGCUUUCUGGUAUGGAGGAACUCUCAUCGUGUACGAGGGCUAUUCUGUGUUGCAGUUCUUCAUCUGUUAUGCAGCUGUUAUAGCAGGCGCAUUCAGUGCAGGAGCCAUAUUCUCAUUCGCACCAGAUAUGAGUAAAUCUCGCCAGGCGGUUCAGGGUAUCAAAACGCUGUUAGACCGACCUGUCAACAUCGAUGCACGUCAAGGAACUGGCGAAAUUUUAACGAGAAUAUAUGGUAGUUUGGAGAUGCGCAAUAUCUAUUUCCGAUACCCUAAUAGACCGGAGAAGACAGUUAUUGCCGGCCUCAGCUUGAGUGUCCAACCGGGACAAUAUAUAGGUCUUGUGGGAGUCAGUGGAUGCGGGAAGAGCACCAUCAUAGCUUUGCUGGAGCGGUUCUUUGACCCUGAAGGUGGGCAGAUACUGGUAGAUGGCAAAGAUAUUUCUAAGUUGAAUAUCAAGAACUACAGGAGUCACCUGGCUCUGGUUAGUCAAGAGCCGACGCUAUAUCAGGGAACAAUAAGGGAGAAUAUCACCAUGGGAACCAACGACGAGGAUGUUUCUGAGGAGAAAAUUACCAAAACAUGCAAGGAUGCUAAUAUUUACGACUUCAUCCAAUCUCUACCCGACGGCUUCUCCACGGUCAUUGGAGUCAGGGGAUGCAUGCUCUCCGGCGGGCAGCAGCAACGAAUAGCCAUUGCGAGGGCGCUUCUUCGCAAUCCCCGUAUCCUCCUCCUAGACGAGGCAACUUCCGCGCUUGAUUCUGAGUCUGAGAAGAUCGUCCAGGAUGCUCUGAAUGCGGCGGCUCAUGGCCGAACGACGGUUGCUGUUGCACACCGGAUAAGCACAGUGCAGAACGCCGACUGUAUUUAUGUAUUGCAUGAAGGUAAUGUUGUGGAACAGGGGACGCACCAAGAGUUGAUGGAGCUGGGAGGGAGGUAUUUUGAAUUGGUGAAGCUGCAGAGCUUAGAGAGGACAGACUAG